AUGGUUUCAUCUCAAGUUAGAUUUGCUUUGCUUUUCACAACGGCUAGCUCCAUAAUUACCCAACCUAUCACAGGCAAGGGUCCUCAUUCAGGACACAUGGUGUUCACACCCGAGGGGCCGACAGCGCUACCGCUGCUGUUCAUGCCGCAUGAUGAUGAUUCGCUGUCUCCAAUCUCCUCGGGCCCUCUUUCACCACUUUUUAGGUGCUCGCACCUGAUGAGUUUUGAUCUCAUACCAUCUACCCCUCCACCCACCGUCUCGCUCGAUACUGGAAAAGGUCAAGAACGGGAGCAUUAUCCCACUUUCAACAAUCUAGUCGCGAGGAUGAGGGAAUCUCCUGGUACUUUGAAUGCAGCAUCAGACCUACAAACAAUUGCCUGUGACAUGGCAAGGUUUGCACUCGAUGAGUGCGACGAGUCUUUUGAGAAUGUUUUUGUCCAUUGCGAAACAAUGGAUAAAAACACAACCAUUAAGUAUUACAUGCAGGGUCAGGGAGGACAUCCUCAACAGUACCUAUAUCCAGAUAUUGCCCUGUCUUGCUGGGGAACCGGUACUGAGUUUUCCUAUCACAUGUGCGACCGGAGCACGGUCGACCUCGCCCAUUUCCAGUGUGGUUCCUUGGCAAUCCCUCAUCGCAAGCACGACCCGAUUGUGAACCAGCGUUCUCGACAACAUUACGCUUCGUGGACUGUCAACGACAUACCCAACAAAGUCUCGACGCCGGAACGGACGGAUUCACCACAGGUUUGA